CCCUGCGGAUAGCAGGCGUUCCAGAAUCAUGGAUCCCCGACAUUAACCGAAAGGCUCUGAACGUGGUCGACCUUUGCCUUAGCUGCGACGGCCACUGCCUUCAACUCGAAUCUUCUCCCGUCCUUCAAAAAUUCGAGUCACUUCAUCACAUCCACCUCAUUAACAUAUUUCCACUAAAAACGUCUCCCCUCCCCUCCAACAUCACCACAAUCCGUCUCAGAGAAGUUAAUUUGGAGGAUUGCAUCAGAGCUUUGUUACAAUGCACUUCCCUCGUCGAGUUUUACGUUCGUCAUCCUCGCAAUCCCUCAACACCUAAUCCUAUACCUGCUGUACUCCGGGAACCACUCAUUCGAUCCACGAUGAAGCGUUUCGGUUGGGAUAAUUCUGGGUCUCCGAACAGCUGGAAUAGCGCCCUCUUGCAGAUGGUCCGCUUUCCUAAUCUCGAGUAUCUCGAGUGGACCGGCGGACCUAGGAAGGGUACUCUCGAACCAGAUGUAGACUUCUUCUCCAACUUGCCGCCAUCUCUCACUUCCCUCACCCUCUUCGACAACUCCACUGCUUCACUCAGCUAUGAGAAGCGUACCCAGCUUCGCAUGUUGUUCAUACACCUAUCCCAGAUCAAGGAGCUAACGCUAUGGAAAUGUUAUAACGAGUAUGCCCAGAAUAUCUUCAUAUUAUUAUCUCGUGGAUCUGAUGACGGCUAUCCUUCAUCCCCGAAUGAUUUCGUGUUCCCAAAACUGACACAAAUAUUCUACCACCUUCCUGGACGCAUUCCCCGCCGGUAUGUUGGCAGUGAUGAAGAGGAUGAUCGAUGGAAUGGGUUAGACGGUUGCUACGACUCAGAGGAGGGUACCGUCGACCAGGAUGACUUAGAUGUUGGAAGAGUUAUCCUCUAUCCGAGACAUUUCAUGGAAACAGUGUACUGGAGGAGUAGAAUCAUGGCGGUUCCAUAUUUCCGACUUGAGUUGACCAAGUGUCGCUUAGAGAGGGUAAAGGCGGUAUGGAAAAGGUUCAGGGAAAUAGUAAAUAGAGGACUUAGGCUGGAAGUUGUCGAAGAUACCAAAUUGGUUGAUUGGACGGAACCAAUAUAAUAAUGAUUCUACAUCGAGGUCGUUACGUCUUCUUCACUCGAUAAAU